AUGUGUGCUGUUUUCAUUUGCUGUCCAUACCUGAAGGAAACAAACAGCACAAAUGAUCACGUGUUUGCCUAUGAUGUGAUCAACACAGAUCAAUCAGGUGGGGCAGGUGGUGCCAGACCAGACGAAUACCGGUACGAGGUUGUCAUCCCAGGACUAUUUUGUGUACCUGUGUUUACAUUUGGCUUUGCAAUAAAUAACAAUUUAUGUCGAUAUUACUAUUUAAUUUCGUCGGUUAAUUUUAAGUCCAGACCCAACUCCAGGCCCAGACCUAUUUCCAGCCCAGCUCCAGGCCCAGCUCCAGGCCCAGCUCCAGGCCCAGCUCCAGGCCCAGCUCCAGGCCCAGCUCCAGACCUAUUUCCAGACCCAGCUCUAGGCCCAGCUCCAGACCUAUUUCCAGCCCAGCUCCAGGCCCAGCUCCAGACCUAUUUCCAGCCCAGCUCCAGGCCCAGCUCCAGGCCCAGCUCCAGGCCCAGCUCCAGGCCCAGCUCCAGGCCCAGCUCCAGACCUAUUUCCAGCCCAACUCCAGGCCCAGCUCCAGACCUAUUUCCAGCCCAGCUCCAGGCCCAGCUCCAGGCCCAGCUCCAGGCCCAGCUCCAGGCCCAGCACCAGGCCCAGCUCCAGGCCCAGCUCCAGGCCCAGCUCCAGACCCAGCUCCAGGCCCAGCUCCAGACCCAGCACCAGGCCCAGCUCCAGACCUAUUUCCAGCCCAGCUCCAGGCCCAGCUCCAGGCCCAGCUCCAGGCCCAGCUCCAAUCCCAGCUCCAGACCCAGCUCCAGGCCCAGCUCCAGCUCCAGGCCCAGCUCCAGGCCCAGCUCCAAUCCCAGCUCCAGACCCAGCUCCAGGCCCAGCUCCAGGCCCAGCUCCAAUCCCAGCUCCAGGCCCAGCUCCAAUCCCAACCCAGCUCCAGGCCCAGCUCCAGACCCAGCACCAGGCCCAGCUCCAGACCUAUUUCCAGCCCAGCUCCAGGCCCAGCUCCAGGCCCAGCUCCAGGCCCAGCUCCAAUCCCAGCUCCAGGCCCAGCUCCAGGCCCAGCUCCAGGCCCAGCUCCAAUCCCAGCUCCAGACCCAGCUCCAGGCCCAGCUCCAGGCCCAGCUCCAGGCCCAGCUCCAAUCCCAGCUCAAGACCCAGCUCCAGGCCCAGCUCCAGACCCAGCACCAGCUCCAGGCCCAGCUCCAGGCCCAGCUCCAAUCCCAGCUCCAGGCCCAGCUCCAGGCCCAGCUCCAAUCCCAGCUCCAGACCCAGCUCCAGACCUAG